AUGGCCAAGAAUAACGGUGAGAAUCCUGUAGAAAAUCCAAGGAUGCGUCGAAUGGAUUGUUCAACAAAUCCAGAAACACCAAACGAAGCGUACAAAAAGCAGAGGGAGAGAAACAAUAUAGCCGCAAAGCAGAGCCGGCACCGAAGGAGUGAAGGAGAUGUAUCUCGGCCUUCAAGUGUCAAAGAUCCGGCGUGUGUACCGUCGGUACAAGUUUUCCCAGAUACAGUUGAGAGUUUCACGCAGUUAUCACCCUCUUCGAUGCAUGAAGCUGAAGCAUUAUACAAACCAUCAGCAUCAUUGCCGCCAAAGAAGUCUGACCAAUAUGACGUUGAGUCUUUGGAGUACUAG